AGAGAGAGAGAGAGAGAGAGAGAGAGAGAGAGAGAGAGAGAGAGAGAGAUGUUAGAGUCAAUUCAUAUUGGAAAAACGCGUGACGACUGAAUACCUUCUGCUGUAUGUGUACGUGUUGUGUCCCACUAUGUGUGUGUUGACGUGGGUUCUGCUGUUUGUGUGGCUGGGUGGAGGGGUGUGUGUGUGUAUGAUGGAAAAUUACACCCUGCUCAUAGAGAAGAGAGGCUGUACACAGUGUAUCGCUGUCAACACCACCAUCUGCAGUGGCUUCUGCCACACACAGGACACCAACGUGAAGGGCCGUGUGGGUAAGAGUUACCUGAUCCAGCGUGGCUGCAUGCCCCACUCCCUGGUCUACCAUCCUGCCCGCGUGCCAGGCUGCCCGCUGCAUGUCAGCAACGUGCUCUACUACCCAGAGUCCCGCCGCUGCCACUGCACCCGCUGUGACGGACACGCCCACCGCUGUGUCCACAUGACCCAGGCCACACCAACCCCCUGCACCAGGAAGAGCCCUGACCCCCACAGGACCGGCAGGACACACCCACCUGUCAAGAAACGCAGCGACCAGGAAACCUGACCGACUGCCCAACUGACCAUCCCUCACAGCGACGCCUCCACCUGAGAACCCUUGCCAGACGGACAACCUAUAGUCCUUAGUUACCACCUUACCUGGGCACCUGACUAUCCACCUGACCAGCACCAUCACCAGUCUGAGAAGAGACAGCCCAUAGCCCUCUGUUUCAAAUAAUAGACUAUAGAAGUGAUUGAGCACCAGAACUCUGUCUAUAGGACCAGGCAUCAAGGAAUUUGCAGCAGA